UAUAAACAAAACAUUGUUUAGAGAAUUUCUCAAUGGUAAAUAAAUAGAAAAUUCACACAAAAAAUACGUUUUUUAUCCGUAAAGAAAGGAUUAGAGUAAAUGGAUUGACAUCGCAGAUAGUUACUUUUGUGAUGAGCAACGUACCUUACAGCGAUCUGGGCGAGUCAAGCGGCCAGCAACUCAAAAAUCCAGUCUCGGCUGAUUUUGCAAGACGGAGCUCUGAGGAAGAUAAGUUGACAGAAGCUGGCGAUAUCGGUGUUAGCGAUAAGGUUUUUGCUUCGUAUCAGAAAAGUGGUCACAAAGCUGCAAAAGGAAAGAAUCAAUUGAAAUUGGAACACGAUGAAGAUCAUGAGGAUGAUAUUGUAAACAUAAAUUCUUCAUUAAAGACAAGACACCCAACAUACAUGUGGUUACGGCAUCCCAAAGUUCGUGAAAACUGGAAGACGGUUGCAGGCGCCAUCUUUUUGUUGAUUGUUGGGAUAUUAUUCUUGAUAUGUGGAAUUGUUUUGGCUACGGUUCCUAACCAUGACGGCCCAAAAGCCAUAAUAUUUUUCAUAUGUGCUGUGGUUUGUAUUCUUCCCGGAGGCUACCACACUAUAUAUAUCUAUAGAGCAACAAAGGGUUGGAGAGGUUACACAUUCGAAAGUCUGCCAAGCUUCAGAUAAGGAGACGAAGUGUAUAAAACAGACUUUAAACAAACAAUUUUAUAUUCAGAAAACAAAAUCCUGUCAACUGAAAUUAAAUUUACACAAUUAUUGAAUCUAGCUACAUCUGAGUGUGGUCACACCUUAGUUGUUGUGACUUUAGACGGUUGACAAGUUACACAUGAUAUCUAAAUUCUUAUUGAACAUCGCGCUAUUUCAUAUGUGUGUGAGUGCGCUGAUAUUACAUACGUACGUUUUGUAAUCUGAGAUGUGAUGAAAAUAUUGUAGAAACUUGUGCAAAUAAAAUAUGUGACAAUGCAAUUUGUAAA